UGCAUAAGAGCUGUCAAGAAACGAAGAGAAGAUCCCGAGUAUCGCUAAGGUUUUAUACUAGGGUUUCACUUUUCUCUGUAAUUGGCCCCAAAAUGGCGAAACCAGGCCGAGGUCGUCCGCCUACGCCGUCGUCUGGCUCCGGCUCGUCCCGCUCUCGGUCUCGCUCCCGGUCUCCUUCCCGCUCCCGGUCCUACACAGGUUCGGACUCUCGCUCCAGUUCGCGUUCGCCUUCGCGAUUUCGCUCUCGUUCGAGGUCCGUCUCCUCGUCUUCUUCUCUAUCUCGCAGCGCCAGUUCUCGCAGCCGGAGCCCCCCUCCACCGAAAAAAAGUCCUGUUCAAGCAUCUAGGCGAGGCCGCUCUCCACCACCCCUACCCAAGAAAACGUCCCCUCCCCCAAGGAAAGCUUCUCCUAUUCCGGAAUCUCUUGUUCUCCAUGUUGACCAGCUGAGCAGGAAUGUGAAUGAAGCCCAUCUAAAGGAAAUAUUUAGUAAUUUUGGAGAAGUUAUUAAUGUGAGGCUGGUAAUCGACCAUAGUGUUAACCUUUCAAGAGGAUAUGGCUAUGUUGAGUUCAAGACAAGAGGUGAUGCUGAAAAGGCUCAAGCAUACAUGGAUGGUGGUCAGAUUGAUGGUAAUGUUGUUCGAGCAAAGUUCACUCUACCUGAGAGGAGGAAGGUUUCACCACCUCCCAAGGUGGUUCCUGCUCCUCCAAAGAGAAUGGAUAAUGUGGGGGCUGAUGAUGAAAAGGAUGGACCAAAGCGACCAAGAGAACCUUCUCCUCGUCGCAAGCCCCAAUCCCCAUUCCGAAGGAGAUCACCUGUAGUUCGAAGAGGUGGAUCUCCAAUACGGGAGCCAGACUCUCCUCCACGUAGACGUGUGGAGUCUCCUGUUCGUCGUCGAAGAGAAUCCCCUCAUCGCCGGGGUGAAACACCUCCUAGGAGAAGGCCUGAAACUCAAGGCAGAGGUCGUUCACCCUCUUCUCCACCACGGAGGAAUAGAUCACCUCCAAGGCCAUCUCCUCGGAGGAUUCGUGGUAGUCCCGUCCGCAGGCGCUCACCUAUCCCAGCAAGACGCCGUUCUCCUCUUCCUCCUAGAAGAGCUCGAAGUCCUCCCAGAAGGUCUCCUGCUAAUCGUAGACGUAGUCGCAGUCCUAUUCGAAGACCUAUUCGCUCUCGUUCAAGAUCAGUCUCUCCUCGGAGAGGUCGAGCACCAGUUGCAAGGCGUGGGAGGUCGUCAUCCUACUCUGAGUCUCCUAGUCCUCGCAGGGUUGCUAGAAGGGUAUCAAGGAGCCGCAGUCCUAGAAGGCCGUUGAGAGGAAGAAGUACUAGCAACAGCAGUAGCAGCAGCUCACCGCCUCCACCUCGCAAGCCAUGAGUAGCAUUGGGGAUUCUGCAUUGUUUGGCGUUAAGUUUCGGGUGUCGUAUUUUGUAGCAAUGACUGCCUUCUUGCAGAGAGAUUGAGAAUGAUGUUGGGGUCAUUUUAUUUAAAGUCAGUCACACCUCCUGACCUCUGAACUUUCAUGGACUAGUGGAAAAUAUGGCUCCCCGGGAUGGAGUUGUUAUUGCCGCCAGCAACUGAACUUUGUUUGACCUGGUGUGGAAAAACUUGCUUAAUUUGUGUGGACUCGGUGCUUAAAAACUCCAGUCUACCGGAGUUAACAUGUACAUCUUUCUGUAUGUUCUCUCCUUGGAUUCACCAUUAAACUGGGGGGGCGUUUCGAUGAAUGGAUAGAGUACCUGUUGAUGAAUUGUGUCGGAAAAACUCUCAGCAAGCCGUUUUGAUUGGUUUCCCCGCCCAUGUGAAAUUAUUGAUGAGAGAGCACUGGUGUCGUUUUUAUGACGCUUUGUGGGAGCAUGUUAUUAUAGUUAUUUAGCCAAUUUUUAAGUGUUA